AUGGAAAGCUUCAAGCUCUCCUCGCUGACCCUUGUGUUGACGUUCCUUCUCCUUGCUGCCGUUGCCGUGGUCGCCGGCGAUGAGCUCACCACGUUCAUCGUCCAUGUGCAGCCCCAGAAGAACCAGAUGCUCGCUACCGCCGACGACCGGAACACGUGGUUCGUGACGGCGGUCCCGGACCAGAUGUACGAGCUGCACACGACGCACACGCCUCAGUUCCUCGGGCUGGGCGCCCGGGAGGCCAAGAGGUCCUACCCCGUUGCCGAACACGGCGCUGGGGUCAUCAUCGGCGUGCUCGACACCGGCAUCGUACCGUCGCACCCCUCCUUCAGCGAUGACGGCAUGCCGCCGCCGCCGGCCAGGUGGAAUGGGUGCUGCGACUUCAAUGGCCGCGCGGUGCGCAACAACAAGCUCAUCGGCGCCCGCUCUUUCGUGCCCAGCCCUAACGCCACGACCAACUCCACUUCCGAUGACUGGCGGGCGCCGCCGGUCGAGGACGAAGGGCACGGCACGCACACUGCCAGCACGGCCGCGGGAGCCGCCGUGCCAGGCGCUCAGGCUCUUGGCCAGGCCAUGGGUACCGCCACCGGGAUAGCGCCCCGCGCGCACGUCGCGAUGUACAAGGUCUGCAACAAGACGGGAUGCCCGGGUUCUGCCAUCCUCGCCGCUGUGGACGCCGCCGUGGGUGACGGCUGCGACAUCAUCUCCAUGUCCCUCGGUGGAUCUUCGACGCCGUUCUACCAGGACAGCGUCGCCAUCGCGACGUUCGGCGCGAUCGAGAAGGGGAGUCUCCGUUACCAUGUCGGCCGGCAACUCUGGCCCGAACGUCAGCUCUGUGACAAACGAGGCGCCGUGGAUGCUCACCGUCGCUGCAGCACGAUGGACCGCUCCAUUCGUUCGACGGUCCGCCUGGGGAACGGCUUCGUCUUCCACGGCGAGUCGCUCUACCAGCCACAGGCUUGGAACUCCACCUUCUACCCGUUGGUCUACGCUGGCGCGAGCGGGAAGCCGUACGCCGAGCUCUGCGGCAACGGCUCGCUGGACGGCAUGGACGUCAGGGGCAAGAUCGUGCUCUGCGAACUGGGGGGCGGGCCGGGACACAACAUCACGAGGAUACUGAAAGGCGCGGUGGUCCAAAGUGCCGGCGGCGCCGGCAUGAUACUGCUCAACACAUUUCCUCAAGGCUACAACACGCUCGCCGACGCACACGUCCUGCCGGCGUUGCACGUCGACUACGCCGCCGCUUCAGCCAUCAAGUCCUACGUCAAUUCCACGUCGAACGCCACGGCGCAGAUCAUCUUUGAGGGUACAAUCCUCGGCACGCCACCUGCUCCAUCCAUCGCCGCCUUCUCCUCUCGUGGGCCUAGCAUUGAGAACCCCGGCAUUCUGAAGCCCGACAUCAUGGGCCCCGGCGUCAACGUGCUCGCCGCAUGGCCGUUCCAGGUUGGCCCGCCGUCGGCACCUGUUCUCCCUGGACCGACCUUCAACGUCAUCUCCGGCACGUGGCCGUCGGCGCCUCACCUCAGCGGCGUCGUGGCGCUCGUCAAGAGCAAGCACCCUCACUGCGUGUGCCGGCGGGACCCUGAGAAGGCCGCGGACCCCGGCCUGGUCUACGAUAUCGCGGCCAGCGACUACAUCGGCUACCUCUGCGGCCUGUACGACAGCCAGAACGUGUCGGUGAUCGCGAGAAGGCCGGUCGACUGCUCGGCCGUCACGGUGAUCCCGGAGAGCAUGCUGAAUUACCCGUCCAUCUCUGUCGCGUUCCAGCAGACGUGGAAUCGGAGCACGCCCGCGGUCGUUGAGCGCACGGUGAAGAACGUCGGGGAGGUGCCGUCGGUGUACUACGCGGCGGUUGACAUAUUUGACGACGACGCGACUGAGGCUCUAAUUUGUCAUUUUGCUCCUGGCGCUUUGUUUAAUAGUUCCAAGACCAAGGAGGGAAGACUGUGA